CUCCCUCCUCCCUGCCCCGCCCCGCCCCUGCAGCCCCUCCCUCAGGUCAGUAUAUAAGCCUCGCGAACCGCCCACAGCAUCACUGCCUGGCCAGCUGUCACUGCUCUUCCCACUUGUAGCAUGACCCUCAAGAUGGUGCGCCUGGUCCUGCUGGCCCUGCUGGUGCUGGCCGCCCUGUCACUGGCCAUGCCCGGAGGAGGCUACGGCCACGGCGGUAGUGGGUAUGGACAUAGCGGCGGCUACGGGCACGGCGGCGGCGGCUACGGAAAAGGACACGGUGGUGGCGGCUACGGGAAGGCUCACGGCGGCGGCGGCUACGGUAAAGGUCAUGGAGGAGGAUAUGGAAAAGGACACGGCGGCGGCGGCUAUGGAAAAGGACAUGGCGGCGGAGGCUACGGGAAGGGACAUGGUGGAGGAGGAUAUGGACAUAGUGGCGGCGGCUACGGUCAUGGCGGCGGUGGGGGAUAUGGCAAAGGGCACAGCGGCGGCUACGGGCAUGGCGGAGGUGGUUACGGCAAGGGUCACAGCGGCGGCGGCUACGGCAAAGGGUACGGUCAUGGCGGCGGCGGUUACGGUCAUGGCGGAGGCGGAUAUGGCAAGGGUCACGGUGGCGGCGGCUACGGCAAGGGGCAUGGUGGCAGUGGGUAUGGGAAAGGCCAUGGAGGCGGUUAUGGUCAUGGGGGUGGCGGCUACGGCGGAGGCGGCUACGGGAAGGGCCACGGAGGCGGCUAUGGUCACGGCGGCGGCUACGGUCAUAGUGGUGGCUACGGCCAUGGCGGUGGCGGCUACGGCCAUGGCGGCGGCGGCUACGGCCAUGGCGGCGGCGGCUACGGGAAGGGCCAUGGUGGCGGGUAUGGUUACCACUAGGAAGAGGAGCAGCACUACUCUACCAUCCCCUCUACUACUCACCUCAGGAGUGUGUCAAUUCACGUUGUUUUCUGUUAAAUAAAUGCUAACCUAACCUAA